CCUUUGACGGAACCGCCUAGCUCGGCACCAGCCGUGAGCGAUGAGGAAGCUGAGCCCAAGAAGGACGUUCCGUCAUACGAUAUGACCUUCACCUGCAAGAAAUGCACCACUCGGUCCACGCAUCGAGUGUCAAAGCAGGGCUACCACCAUGGGACGGUGCUGGUGACAUGUCCCGGGUGCAAGAAUCGCCACCUCAUCUGCGAUCACCUGAAGAUCUUCUCGGACUCCCGCAUCACCAUAGAGGAUAUCCUGAGCGACAAAGGCGAGCUCUUGAAACGCGGUGUUUUGAAACCGGAUGGCGAUAUCGAGCUUUAC